UCUCCCUCCACUCAGUUCAUAACCGUUCAGACUAUUUAACCGGCUACUUUGAGUAUUGUGUUACACUGUAUUCAACUAACCGGGGAACAUCCUUACGAUGAAUACAAACUACCCUCCAUCUCGUCUUCAAGUAUCAAGUUUGUCAUGUAAAAAUAAGUGUGGCUUUUAUGGGAAUCCUUCAUGGGAUGGAUACUGUUCCGUGUGCUAUCGCAACGCCCAUCAAAGACAAUCGAAUUUUCGUCAGGCUUCCUCCACUUCAUCACUUUCAACUCCAAGUUCAGAAGUAGAGGUUAAGCCCAAACAUAGCACUGGAAGGAAUACAACUUCUAUCAAAAAUAUAUUUAAGGUUCCUCGAGAUGAUAACCGGGACCAAAUUUCAGUGAACCCAGAAGAGUGUUUACAAGCCGAAAAAGAAUUUAAAACAUUUCUAAACACCCUUCGAGCCUCUGCAAAUGCCGACAUUUCCCGCCAUGUUUCAAAGCUUAUGGAACAGUUGGAGCCUAUUCGAAGUUCAAAUAUUAAUCAAGCCUCAAUGAUUGUGCAAGACUUUUAUCACAACCUUUCAAACCGUAUUUCAAAUAAUCCUAUGUAUUCAAAUUUGUCACCAAAAACCAAAGAAUCUGUUUUAAACUCAGUUGAACGUUUCGUUACAACUUGGAUUUAUUUUUGGGCUUUUGCUUCACCUACAACGGAUGAUGAAGACAUAGAUUUGAAAUUACAGGAAAAAAUUCGAUCAUUGCAUUGGGUAACUCCCUACUUGCUUGAUUCACCGAUUAAUCCUAAUUCGUCAGAGGAACUUGCCCAUUUAGAUCUAGCAACAUUUGCUCUUAUCAAAGUGAAUACAUUACUUGCAUCUGAAGAUAAAUUAAAUCAAAUAGUUCAGUGUUGUCGUAGUGUAUUCGAUGCAUUAAGAUCUCACUAUCGAAAUUAUGCCGCUAUAACACAACAAUAUUUAUCUAACAACAAUAAUAAUGAUAAAAGCCCAACACCUGAUUAUAUGCCUAGUCAAAAUGAAAAUAACAAUUCAACUCAUGUACAAAAUAAUGUCAUGAAUAACUCUGUGAAUAUAACUAAUAAUGUUGUAUUCGAACAAGAAGAUACCGCUAAUGCUGACGAUUUUUUACCGACACUAAUUUGGAUUGUACUGAAUUCAAAUCCACCAUUAAUCUAUUCUAAUUUACAAUUUAUAAUGAGAUUUGCUAAUCAGAAUAGACUGAAUAGUGGUGAAGCUGGUUAUUUCUUCACGAAUUUAUUAGCAGGGCUGAAACGAUCCUUCGUUCCGUUCGCCGAUUUUAGGUGAUCUCGUGAUUUCUUCAAAAAUAGCUAAUUCCAUAACAGUAUACCACAGCCUCCUUCUCUUUUAUCCCCGGCUACUUCGUAGGACAAAUCUAGUAAAGAAGAGUUACUUAAUGGAGAGAUCAAAGAAGAUCAAUUGACAUUUGAAUUCAUUCAAUUACAUAUCGGUUACAUUCAGUGAUUAUUAAUCAGGGCAUUUUCUAACCUAAACAAGUGUCACAUGAAUGUGUCAUACUGAAUUAAUCAAUACAAUAAAAGUGUACUACCAGUUAAAUGAACAAAAAUCACAUUAAAUUAAUUCAUAGAAAGAAAAGCGUACUAGAAGUCGGUUGAAUGAAAACUACCCUAAAUCAAUAUAUGAUCCUACAACUGAUUUCGUAAUACGUUGUCUUUGGGAAUCGAACAUCAUUAACAAAGCUAAACCGCUUCCUUCAACAAAUCAAACUUGUCUCUUGAUCAACAUUUAAGUUCACUCUAUCCGAAAACCAUAAAAUAUUUUCUUAUUGAAUUUCCCAAGUUUUAUUCAAUCAACACAAAGCUAUCUAUCGUGUGCUGUUCACUUCCUGAGAAAUCUAACUCAUGAGUCAUUAAGUUUAUCCGAGGAAGAUUUUAGUCGAUGUAUGAGGAAAGGUUUAUUAUUAAUCAGACGUCCUGGUGAACCAUUAUCAGAAAACGAAAAAUUAUUAAUGGAUAAUGGAAUUCGUCUUGCAGAUUUAGAAGAUAGCCUAAAUGAUUUAAAUACAAAAUUAGAAUCAGCUGAAUUGGAUAUGAAACGAUUUCAUGAAUAUUUUCAUCAUGAAAUAAAACAAAUACGAACAAAUAUUCCAUUGAAUGUACGUAUAGAUGAUUUAGAUUCACGUCAUUUAGAAAAUCCACAUAUUUUAUUAUUAGGUCCAUUAUGUAAAUCAAAUCGGCAAAAUGAAUCAUUACUAGACUGUGAUUUGGAUGAGGCUACAAAUUGUCUAUUACCAGAUCCCAUACAACCAACUCCAUAUGUUGCUGUUGAUCAUUGUAAAAAAAGUGUAUAAAUCCAUAUACAUCUAUUUACUUAUUUAUAAGUUUUUAAAAAAAAUAAUAUUAACUUUUAAUUUUCAUUGAAUUUUAAUUUAAAAAGAAUGUUUAUAUUUCUUUCGAAAGGUUUUUAUGGAUGUAUAGUGUAAACAAUCAAUAAAUUAGUGUAUAUUAAACUACUAUUAUUUUUAUCCAUCGUUUUCGAUCUCAUACUUAUUUCAGAGAGUAAUAAACAAAGAUUCUAAG